AUGACAUCAGAGACUGGGGGCGGAGUGGUAGAUAGGUGGAUGAAGAUGAGGAAGGCCUUGCGGGUUGGCUGCUGGUUGGUGUGGUGUGUGUCCUCCCGGUGGCACGGCCGGCUCCGGCGGAGUGUGAAGUCUGUAAGGAGUAUCUGCAGAGUUUUUACCAGUCUUUAUUAGAAAAGAAAUCAGAAUUUACUCCAACUGCCAUAGAGAAAGAAUUAAUCAACACAUGCAGAGAUGCUACAGGAAAAGAAAACCGCCCUGGUAAGAAUCAACAUGUUUUUUUUCUGUGGCCAAAUCUAUCAGCGAGGCUUUGGUUCGAAGUGUACUUGGCAAAGUGACAAACAUGUCCAAAGCACAUUGAUGUGUAGUGGAAUAUGCAAACUUUUGUUCCAUUUUGCAAGCAUACAAAAAGCAGGUAGAAGAUUAACAAAAUUGUUUUCCUUUCUGAAUGCCAAUAUCCACAUUUUUCAAACUAAAACUAAAUAAUAUAAUUGAACUUACAAUUAUACAAUUCUUUGUGACUGUUCAUCGUUUACUGUUAUAAUAGGGAUCAUAUUUUUCCCAAUAUAAUAUUAAAAAGUAAA